GACUGGGUGGGUUCAGUCAUAUAAAACCUGUCGGUCAGCAGGAGGAGUCUCAUUCUUAUCCUGAACUCUGUCAGCUCUGCUGCGCCGCCCUCAUGGCCGCUGUAACAUCUGCGCCAUUUGUGGCUCUUUUGGCGUCUUCAUGGAUUAUUGUGUGUUUGGCGGCGGAGGAACAAGUGAAGGUGACAUCUGGGAGUAAUGCUGUCCUGAGAUGCCAAAGCCCCAGAGGUGCAGACAUCAAGACCAUAGAGUGGACCAGACCUGACCUGGAGGUAGACGGCUACAUCUUCUUCUACGAAAACAACCGCAGACAAGACAAAUACCAGCACCCGUCCUUUCACGGCCGUGUGGAGCUGGAGAACGAAUCCGCCAUCAAGGACGGCGACGUCUCCGUGAGUCUGAAGAACGUCACAGAACAAGACGCCGGAACCUACGUCUGCCUGGUUUCUCUGAAGAAAACAAGACGCAGCAGGAGGGACAUACCUGAGCAGCUCAGCACCAUCACCCUGACAGUCCAGGAGCCAGAUCGAUGGCCUAAAGUACUUCAGAGUGGAGGAGUCAGGAAUGAGUUUGCUGGUCAGGAUGGUCGGUCUGUCCACCCUCCUGUUGGUGUUGUUUUCUUUGUGAGAAACGGUCAAGUUGUUCAGAUAUUUCUCCUGUGUGGUGUGGAAACAGCAGGUUUACACAAUGAGAGGCUGUUAACGACUGAAUGUCCAUCGGUUGUCUCUGUCCCUUCACAUCAAGAACACCUGAGCCUAAAUCUAAGUGGUUAGAGUAGUGUCAACACUGUGUACCGUGCCCGGGCACGGUACGUAAUUCCGUGCCCGGAACCACGUAAAGAGGUGGUCUUCAGUACAGUUCAUGUGUACUGAGUUACGGUUCACAUCCUGUGUGAAAACUACCAUACAAUCUGAUGUCAUGUUAGUAUUGGACCUUCCCCGUUCAAACAUGGCCGCCAAAGAAUUAAAUGUUUAUUGGAAAUUCGGCCAAAUGAAAACAUAUAAUCACACCUAGAUACCACGCACACACAUGAGAGGGACAUGACCUGGAAGCUUCUCAGAGCUGGCUCACUUCUCUAAAUGUUAAUGAAAGGCGAGAACCAGGAGAACCAGGAGAGAACUGUGGUCCAGAGAACAGGAGAGGGAAGUAUUUACAUACUCAGGGUAAAAGUAAGACUUAUUAUUACUGUGUACCUUUAUGAAAGGAAUAGAGAUAACACCGAUCCCACAAUGCCCUGCAGCGGCAGCAUUUAAAGUUACACAUGUAGAAAUGUAGAGAAUAAAUGAGAGUAGAUUCCUUCACGUUCAGAUCCAGUCAGGAGUCAUCAUGAUGAACAGGCAGCUUUACAAAGUGAAGAUUACAAAUGAUGGAGGAUAUAAAAUAAACUAAACGGAUCACAUGUAACACAUCUCUGAACUUUCCACAUGUUAAGAGUUAGUGAUGUCGGCGUCACUGUUUUAUCUCUUUACUAAUCAGAUUUAUAUUGCACAUUUUCUGAAGAUGCUUUGCUUGUGUUUUCCUUCUGUGUUGUUAUAUUAGUUCAACAUUUCAAUCUUGUCUGAUGAUCUCAUUUAUCACAUAUUGUCAUUUGACCUUUGGAUACUGUAAUACCUCUGUGGCUAAUUGUUCUGUAUACACUGAAGACAAUCUUACUGAAUUUAUCAGUGCACAUGUUUUAUAAAUAAAGUUGUUUUGGUUUUGAAGCCAGUUUAAAUGCAGUCAGAUUCCACCUCAGUCCUGAUGAGUUCUCCUUCAUGUCUGUGUUUUUUAAAUGGAAAUGAGUUGUGUGUUGGACCGGUCAUUAACAGCCUCUCUGUUUCCACACUACACAUAAACCAUAAGAUGAGAAAUAACACACACACACGCCAGAGUGAUAUCAGUUUCCUUCUCCCAAAGAAAACACACAUGCUAUAAACAUAAAGUAAAAAAAAUUGGAAAAUUGAAAAACAAAGUGUUAAAGGUAACAUUUACUGUCAUUACUGGUCAAUGAUUAACAGACUUUGCUGCCUUAUGAUUGUUUUCUUUUUCUGUCAGUUUCAAUCUUUAAAAAAGACAUUAACAUGUUUAUAAUCAGAGGGAUUCAAUAAAAAUAUGAACAUUA